AUGGGUAAGGCAAGCGACACUAAUACAUCUUCUACGAAGAUGGAUGCGGCAGUGGAUCCUGCACAGUGGAAGGAAGCCCAGCUUACUGCGCCGGCUAACGAUGCCCCUCUGCCUGGGGAGCAGCAGCUGCGGCAUCACCUGAAGCAUCAAAAUAGUCGGUUACUGUCAUGGAAGAAGGCCGCUUGGGUCGUCGUAUUUGUUUUGUGCACUGCUGCCACGAUUCGUCAUUUUAGCUCUCCUAGGAAAACUCCCCUUAUGUCUUCAGACAAACCCCGCAAGGGGUCUGAGGCAAAAAUCGGUGUUGAUUUACCUCCUGAGAGUGGAGAUCGGCAGAAGCUGGAGGAGCAGAAGCAGGAACAGCAGGAGCAGAUGCAACUGGGGGAGCAGGAUCUGGACCGGAACGAGCAGCCGCAGGGGCACGACCAGCGCAUGCGCAACGAGCAGGAUCAAAGCGAAGACGAUAGCGAGGAGGAAGAGCAGGGGGAGUACCAGCAAGGCGAGGGGGAUGAAGAUCAGGAGCUAGAUGAGGCGUAUCAGGGUGUAGAGGGCAAGGGCAAGCAGAAGAAGCGUAAGAAAGAGGAACAGGAGCACAAGCAGCUGGAAGAGCAGCAGCAGGAUCAGGACGAGGAUUCGCAGGAAGAGGAGGAAGACGAGGAGUGGGGGGAGGACGAACAGGAGCAGGAUGAGUGGCUGAAUGGAGGCUCGAUAAAGCGCGGAGGGAAGGGGGAUCCCAAGGAUAAAGAGGAAGGAUCAAAUAUGCGUGGGGCAGGGAAGGGGCGUCGUAAAAAGGGACCACGUAGCGAUGAUGAAACGCAAGAGAAGCAGGAAACGACUAGUGGCGAUAACCCAAUGGAAGAGGGACCUGGAGAGGAGGAUGGGAUGUCGGAUGCAGAGAAGGAAGACAGUUAUCAGCAAGAAGAGGACGAAGAAACUGCGACUGAGGGAGACGCAGAAGAGAGCGAUGAUCUAGAAGUUGAUGGUAUGGACGAUGACGAUGAUUCUGGUGAUGAAAAGGGGGAAGAUGCUGGUAAAAGCAGCAGCGGCCAGCAGAUCCAAGCCCUGGGACCGGAGGACUCUAUACUGGAGCAUUUGACACCUGUCUUUGUGUCCGCAAGGCCGUCUGAUGGCACGCAGUGUGCGAAGGAUAAGAUCGUCACUGAAGCAGCAGAGGCGGUGCAUAUGCUUGAGGAGGAGGCGGGAAAGGAGGCUGCAGAUGCCUUCAUAAAGCUGCUGACGCAGAAAGUCCCCACGGAAGAUCCCACGCAACUGUCCAGCGAUGUGUUGAAGUCUGUUUUGGUUGAAAGAGCGAAGCAAAAAGCAGCUGUUUCAGCUCUGAGGGCUUUCCAAGCUCGCCGCUCACGAGAGGAAGCUCUCGCCCGUGUGAUGCUUCAAGAGCAGAUGCUCCGUGGGAUUAAGGACCAUGUAGAGAAGGGGUUGCCGCUUCCCACUUUGUUUACAGAGAUGCUGGGGAAUAUUGAAUGCCCUUUAGACUUGAAGAAAGAAACCGCAGUCUUCGAGGCCGCACAACGACAGUACGAGGAGUCGUUAGCAACGGAGAGCGGAGCGCUGCAGGUGCUGAUGUUCGAUAUGAUGGAUGUUGGGGCGCAUUUCCUCUCUGCAGAUAUCUUCGUGCGGGCAGCAAACAUCCCCGCAGAGUGGAAGACGAAGCUUCCCAAAUAUGGAGACUUGGCGACCGCUCUCACUGAUAUUCGUGGUAUCGCUCAGCCCAAUAAUAUGAUUCAUGUGCCUGGCAUGGCAUCCACGAUGGUGGAGGCGACGAAGGCAACUCUGGGCGACAAAAACUCAGCAGUACAUCGCGUAGGAAGGCUUUUACAACUCGUUGAAACCCGUAAGAGAGCCCAUUCCGGCUUCAAACUAUGCGCCGACCCCCAACUGGACAACUCAACCGAAAAAAUGGCUCUAGGCGCCCGAAGAAGAGCAUUUGAACU